AUGAAUUUCAUAUUUCUUUUAGUAUGGUUAUAAUAGAGUCUGGCAGCUUAUUAUAAAGGAAAUUAUUUAUUUACUGAGACUAUAAAAGGAACAUGUGACUAUACAAGGAAUAGUCAAUAUAUAUAUAAUUAUAAAGUAGUUUAGUCUUAUAAAAUAGGAUCUAGGAGGUAGUAAGAUAGACGAUGCAUUAUCGAUAGGUUUUGGAUUUUGGUUAUUUUUUGAUACUUCAAGAUAGGAACUUCUUUAUAAUACAAGUAAUCUAUUUCAUUUAAGUGAUAAUGAUAAUACUUUCAAUUAUAGGAUAAUAUCAUUUGGAUUAAAGAAAUAUGGUGUAAAUUCCACUUUAGAGUUAUUUUAAUAAGAUUAGAUUUUGAAAUAAGGACCAUCUAUUAAUAUAAAUACAGAAGUAAUUAUGGAUGAUAAAUGGGUAUUUGUAUAUGUUUCUUAUGAUUUUUUGUUUUUGAAAUAUUAAUUAGGAGUAUUUGAUGUAGAUUAAUCUGUAAUAAUAAAUGGAACAUAUUCAUGUCCAAAUUAAUUGAAGUUUUGUACAAAUGAAACAUUACCUUAACCAUUUUUAAAAAGAGAAAAGUUAAAAUUAUAUAUUGCAUAAAAUGGACCUUAUAGAAAUGAUUCAAUAAAAAGUAGAUCAUGGUGUGGUAGUGUAUCUGGUUUUCAAUAUUAUUUGGAUGUAUAAAUGGUAAGUAAUUAUAAUUUACAUUCUUUAAUGUAUGGAUUUGAUAAAAAUGGAAUUUAUUUAAAUUAUCCACUUACAUAAAUGAGUGGAAAUUAACUUUAUGAUUUUAGUGGUGCAGAAUUGGAUGUUUAACAUGAUAUAACUGUAGAUUGGACAGAUUAAGUUUUUACAAUAGGAUAACCUAUAUCUAUUAAUAUUCCAAUAAAAAGAUUUCUUUAUAAUAGAUUUUCUUUAUCUUUUUGGUUGAAGGUUGAUGCUGGAAUUAAUUUUGCAAUACUUUAAAGAAUGGUUGAUAGUGUAAUUAUGUUUGAAUUAGAUCUUACUUAUUAUGCAAUAGAUAAUUAUUAUUUCUUUACAGUAAUAAGGGAAAAUAUUAAAUCUUCAAUUAAUGUAUAAUUUAGUGUAAGUUAAUGGAAUUAUUUUGUACUAAUUUUUAAUUAUGAUAAAAUAUAAUAUGAAGAUGGAACUUUAACUAAGUUAACAGUAUAUAAAAAUAAUGAAGAUCCACAAUUUUUUGAUUUAGCUGUUCCUGUCUAUUAUCCUGUAUAAGAUAGUGAUAUACUAAUAUUUGGUAAAAGAGAUGCAAUUCCUGUUGGUAAGACUCUAAAGAUAGCUAAUUUCUAAUUGCAUUAAGGAGCUAGAGUAUUUAGUCAUAAAAGUAAAGAAGCUGGAGAUACAACAUGUUUAUUAUCUGCUCCAAAAGCAUUUUAAUAUAAUUGUUUAUUAUGUUCAGAUGGAUAUUUCCUAUUUGAAAAUAAAUGUAUAACUAGUUCUGAUUGUACUAAUAAAAAUGGUGUAGCUGAUGCAGUUAAAAAGCUUUGUCUACCUGGUUGUGAUAUGAAAUGUAAAACUUGCAAUAAUCUAACACCAACAGUUUGUUUACAAUGUAUUAAUAACUUAGAACUUAAUAGUGGAGUUUGUAGUUGUCCAAAUACUGGUUAUAUAGGAACAGGUAAAUAAUUAAAAUGUAAAGAAUAUAAUGAAGUUGAAUCUACAGAAAUUGGUACAUUUAAUGCAAUACUUAAUUAUGUUAAAAGUGGUAUCAAUUAUAGAAAAGAUGAAUUACAAAUAUCCUUUAAAGAUAUAUUCACUAAUAUUCCAUCUGUUAUUGUUGCUAUUAAAGAGAUAAAGAUAUCAAAAGGUAAUUCAUUUAGAUUGAUGGCUACUCAAGUAACAUAAGAAACAUUUGUACUUUAAGUUGAAGUUUGGGAUCAAACUAUUAUUGAAAAUUUAGUAAUUAAUUAUUUUGCAACUAUUUAAACUAAUUAAUUUAUUUUAAUGUAAGAAGAAUAUGAUACAUCUAAUUCAUUUGGUAUUGGUAGUGGAAAUAGAAUACAUUAAAUUUAGAUUUUAUUAAAUGAAUGGAAUAUGAAAUUAUAAUAUCCUAAAAUUAUUCCAUUUUUUAAUGGUAUGCUAUUUAAAUAAGGAACUACAAAUAUUACUAUUACUUAAACAUCAUCUAUUGAUACUGUAAAUAGAUAUUUGCUUGUAGACUUUAAAAUUAAAGAAGAUAUUUAAAUUAAUAAAAUAUAUUAUAGUUUCAUUUUAAUAUCUGAAGAAUUUGAAACUUUAACUUAAUAAUUUAAUUCUUAAACAGAUGUUUUAUGGAUUACAUAAACUGGAGAACAAAAAUAAAAUAAUACUAUAUAUUCUUUUAAAAAUGAAUAACCUAAUCAUUUUUAUGGAAUAUCUGUUAUGGGAUAUUAACAUGCUGAUAUUAAAAAUAUUGUUGUUUAAAGUGAAUAUAAUUCUUAAAUUAAUAAAUAUAUUCUCUAUGCUAAUACAUAUGAUAAUACAAUUAUAGACUUUUUAUAAAUAUCAAUAAUUGGAAUUGGAAUUAAUUGUUAAACUUAUGGUUGUUCUUAAUGUAAAUCUUCACCAGUUGAUUGUUUAACUUGUAAAGAUAAUCUUAUGGAUCCUGUUCAAUAAUGUUUGAAUUGUGCAAAUAAUUAAUAUUUAGAUUCAAAAUAUUCAUGUUAAUAAUGCAAAUGGAAUUGUUUAACUUGUGAAGAUGCUGAUUAAUGUCUAACUUGUCCUACUAAUGUUAAUAGAUAUGAUGAUCCUACCAAUAAUUGUCCUUGUUAAAAUGGUUAUUAUGAUAAUGGUGUUUCACUUUGUGUUUCAUGUGAUUGGAGAUGUGAAAAAUGUGAACAAUCAGCUACAACUUGUACAUAAUGUAAAGGAGCUAAUCGUAAUUCUGAUAAAUCAUGUUAAUGUAAUGAUUAAUUUUAUGAAGUUGGAACUGAUUUAAUUUGUAAAAGUAAAAUUAUUAAAUAUAUAUAGAUUGUUAGGAACCUUGUGAUUUAUGUGAUAUUUUAGGAUGUCUCACUUGUUUAGGUAAUAGGGUUGUUAAUAAUAAUAAAGAAUGUGUUUGUCCUACAGAUGGUGUACCUAUAAUGAAAAGUUAAUAUUGUGAAACUUGUGAUACUGCUGAAGUCUUGGUUACAUUAUAUCAAACAACUGAAUCCAUAAGUAUAUUCUUUGUCAAAUCAAAUACUUCAUAUGUUUCUUAAGAAUAUUAAUCUUAUAAUCCAUAAGAAUUGUGCAUUAAAAUAAUAGCCAAUUAAUAAUUUUCAAGAUUUGGAUUAGGUCCUAAAUGUUAUUAUAAUGGUACCAAUAUUGAUAUAGAGUUUGGAAAUGAAUCUUAAAUUAAUCUAAUGGAAGAAAUUUAAUUGAUUGACAAAAUAUUCAUAAAAGAUAAUUGUAAAGUCCCAAUCAAAAAAUAUGUUCUCAGUAUACUCUAAUUUCCUACUAUAGAAAUCUUUUCACCUUCAUUUACUAUUGAAGGACCAUUAUAUCCUGUUUAUAUAUGUAAGUCAAUUACUUUAAGUAUAACUAAUAUUAAAUUUGCAGGCAAACGUCAAUUAUCAAAAAUAGACUGGAAAUUAUAAGAAAGUGAUGCUAAUUAAACUAUUAUUGAUAAUAUAAGAAUAAUUUUAAGUGAGUUUAAUAAUAAUAAUGUGGAUACUAUAACAUUUAAUUCUAAAGUAUUCUAAAAUUUUACAAACUAUACCUUUGAAGUUACUGCAUUAUCAUUUGCCACUAAAAUUAACACAUAAACUUUUAAGUUAUAAACUCUUGGAUUAGUUCAGCCAGUCAUCUAAGCUGACAUAACACAUUUUAAUCAUUACUUUAAAUAGUCAUUAAUUAUUCCAGUAACAGUUUAUUAUUAGAUUUGUUAAUCAUCUAAAAUUGUAGAAUAAUUUAAUAAUCUAACUCUAUAUUGGGUACAAAUCGAAUCCAACCCUACAGAUAGUAAACCUUUGAUUGGAGAGACUAUCACAGAGUCAAUAUCAACUAAAUAACACUAUUUAAAAUUGUAACCAUAAGAAGGAUACCCAGAUACAAGUUACAUUAUAUAAGCAUAAUUAAUGUAUCAAGAUACAAUAGAAAUAUUUGAAGAGUAAGUACCUGAUGAGCAAGCAGAUGAAGGAACAGAUGAAGGUACUACAGGGACUGAUGGUGGAACAACUGGAGCAGAUGGAGGUACAACAGGAGGAACAACUGGAACAGAUGGAGGAACUACAGGGACUGAUGGAGGAACAACUGGAACAGAUGGAGGUACUNGUAAAAGUAAAAUUAUUAAAUAUAUAUAGAUUGUUAGGAACCUUGUGAUUUAUGUGAUAUUUUAGGAUGUCUCACUUGUUUAGGUAAUAGGGUUGUUAAUAAUAAUAAAGAAUGUGUUUGUCCUACAGAUGGUGUACCUAUAAUGAAAAGUUAAUAUUGUGAAACUUGUGAUACUGCUGAAGUCUUGGUUACAUUAUAUCAAACAACUGAAUCCAUAAGUAUAUUCUUUGUCAAAUCAAAUACUUCAUAUGUUUCUUAAGAAUAUUAAUCUUAUAAUCCAUAAGAAUUGUGCAUUAAAAUAAUAGCCAAUUAAUAAUUUUCAAGAUUUGGAUUAGGUCCUAAAUGUUAUUAUAAUGGUACCAAUAUUGAUAUAGAGUUUGGAAAUGAAUCUUAAAUUAAUCUAAUGGAAGAAAUUUAAUUGAUUGACAAAAUAUUCAUAAAAGAUAAUUGUAAAGUCCCAAUCAAAAAAUAUGUUCUCAGUAUACUCUAAUUUCCUACUAUAGAAAUCUUUUCACCUUCAUUUACUAUUGAAGGACCAUUAUAUCCUGUUUAUAUAUGUAAGUCAAUUACUUUAAGUAUAACUAAUAUUAAAUUUGCAGGCAAACGUCAAUUAUCAAAAAUAGACUGGAAAUUAUAAGAAAGUGAUGCUAAUUAAACUAUUAUUGAUAAUAUAAGAAUAAUUUUAAGUGAGUUUAAUAAUAAUAAUGUGGAUACUAUAACAUUUAAUUCUAAAGUAUUCUAAAAUUUUACAAACUAUACCUUUGAAGUUACUGCAUUAUCAUUUGCCACUAAAAUUAACACAUAAACUUUUAAGUUAUAAACUCUUGGAUUAGUUCAGCCAGUCAUCUAAGCUGACAUAACACAUUUUAAUCAUUACUUUAAAUAGUCAUUAAUUAUUCCAGUAACAGUUUAUUAUUAGAUUUGUUAAUCAUCUAAAAUUGUAGAAUAAUUUAAUAAUCUAACUCUAUAUUGGGUACAAAUCGAAUCCAACCCUACAGAUAGUAAACCUUUGAUUGGAGAGACUAUCACAGAGUCAAUAUCAACUAAAUAACACUAUUUAAAAUUGUAACCAUAAGAAGGAUACCCAGAUACAAGUUACAUUAUAUAAGCAUAAUUAAUGUAUCAAGAUACAAUAGAAAUAUUUGAAGAGUAAGUACCUGAUGAGCAAGCAGAUGAAGGAACAGAUGAAGGUACUACAGGGACUGAUGGUGGAACAACUGGAGCAGAUGGAGGUACAACAGGAGGAACAACUGGAACAGAUGGAGGAACUACAGGGACUGAUGGAGGAACAACUGGAACAGAUGGAGGUACUACAGGAACUGAUGGAGGAACUACAGGAACUGAUGGAGGUACUACAGGAACUGAUGGAGGAACUACAGGAACUGAUGGAGGAACAGAUGAAGGGACUGAUGAAGGAACAGAUGAAGGGACUGAUGAAGGAACUAUAGAAGAAGUUAUUCAUCAUUAUAAAGAAAUUAAUAUAUUUACUUACCUUAAUUUUACAAUUGAUAUUGACUAUGUUGGAGUUUCUGUAAUUAUUUUAGGAGGAGAUCGAUUUAUUUCAGAGGGACAAUCAUUAACUUUAGAGGCUCAAUAUUGGGAUGGAUUAGAUGAAGGAUCCUCUUAUAAUAGUGAUUCAUCUAUAGGAUUAUAGUGGAAAUGUUUUUAAAUAGCCACUAAUCGUUCAUGUGAGUUAAAUGACGGAACUCCAGUUGUCUUUGAAGAGAAUGUUACUAGUAUCACUCUAGAAGGAGAAAUAUUUAAAAUAGGUUAAUAAUAUAAAGUUUCAGUAACAGCCUAUAAGGAUUUAAUUAGAAGAUAUUUCACAUAUGUAAGCAAUGUGAUUUGUUCAUUUAAAUCAGUUGAUGAGUUGAUUCCUGAAUUUCCAAUUGCUGCUUAGACUAGAUAUAUUGAUCUCAAAUAACCAAUUACAUUUACUUUUAUUCCCAACUCAAAUCUUAUACAAUUUUACAAUUACACUAUGAUUGUAAUUUAUGAUGAUUAAGAGAUUUCAAAACAAUUUCUAAAAUAUCCUCAAAAAACCUUAAAAUUAAAUGAUUAUCUUCCAAGUACAUUGCCUCUGUAGACAUGCACAAUUUAAAUUAUUCAGCAAUCAUUAUCUUUUUAUUAAAUGGCAAUCUUGCCCAUUAUGUUCAAUCUUCCUCCCUAAAAUGCUAAAAUAACUAUAUCAAGCUAUACUGGAGUAGCAAUAGAAACUGAAUAUAAUGUCACUAUAGAUGAUGCAGAGGAUAAUGAUCUCCCUUUAUAAUAUAGAUUAAGCAUGUAUACAUCUUAAUCUAAUUAUUAAGAGGAUCUUGUAUAAUCAAAUAACUUAAAUCAAAUAAUUUUAACAGAUUAUCAAUUUUCUAAUUAAUUCACAUGUAGAUUACCUUCUGGAUUUGAUUCUAACUAAACUUCAACACCAUAUAUAGUACUUAUGGCUAGUAUUAAAGAUUCAAGAGGAGCUGUUAGUAAUGUGACUGUUCUAAUAGGAAAUUCACCUUAAUUUAAAUUAUGGAAGGCUUAUUUAAUAUCUGUAAAUGAUUUUAAAGCUUCAGUUACUUAAUAUUCAGGAAAACUUGAUGUUAUAGCUUCAAGUUUAGAGUUAUUAGCUUUCUAUUACGAAUUCUUAAAUUAUAAUUUUAAUUACACAGACCUUGCUCCUACAAUGAAGAUUUUGUAUUCAAAACUGAAAUCAUAAGUAAUUAAUGAUUUGGAUACUAUCUAUUCUAGAAAUAAAAUACUAAAUCUUUAUGAUCGAACAAUGUUUUAGAUGUAUUUAUUAAAUGAAACAGAAAAGUAAAGUCUCAUUCAAACAAAAUUAUAAUCAAUUUUAGAUACUUCAUUCUAAUAUAAAACAAAACUUUUGGCUGCUCUAGCCUUAUCAUAAUAAAGAGAAUUUUAUGGUGAUUUGAUAAGUUAAGUAGAUAUUGAUUAUGCCCAUUUUACAUUAAUAGAAUAAUUGAAAUAAUUCAAUUCAGUCCUUUCUUUCAAAUUGAACAUUACAGAUAUUGAAUAUACAUAUAAUUUACUUACUAAUACAACAUUGAAGAUGUGGAGAUUGAAUCAUACUGAAUAAGCAUUAGAAAUGGAUGCUUAAGAAGAAGAAGAAAAAGCAAAUGGUCUCACUAUUGAAUAAUAACUUAUCAAAUAUAAUAAUGUCUCAAAGUUUAUUUAACCUUUUACAAUUGAAGAAUUAUUUAUAUUUUCUAAUUUAACUGUUUCAGAAAUUAUGACUAAAUAUAGAAGUCAAUUUAAUUUUACAUCAAAAUAAUUAAUAGCAAUUACAGAUUCAUUAUAAAAAUUAUGCAAAAUUAAUGAUUCUCCUUUAGAAUAUAACACUUCAUUUGUAUCUAUUAAAUUAUAAUUACUUACUUAUGAUUAUUUUAAAUAAUAAUUCAAUUUAAAUGAUAAUUAUCGAUUGUUAACUUAAUUAAAUUCAACAUAUCACUAUUUAAUUGUUGUACAUAAAUAUAAAAUCAACCCUUAUAUGAUAGAUGAUGAAUUUUUUAAUUUUACUGGAACUUUUGUAUUUGAUUAAACAUUUCCUCUAUACAUACCUUUUAUUUAUGAGGUUUAAAAUAAGACAAUUAUGAAUUUAAUAGAUGAAAUAGAAUCAAAUUAAUUUUCUGUUGAUUUUAUUGUUCCUAAUUCAUCUUUAGGUAUUCUCAACCAAUAUUAAUGUGCAUAAGUAAAAUAUAUAAUAUUUAUUAAAAAUAGAAAAAAACAAAGUGGAUUAGUGAUGAAUCUAAUUGUACUAGAAGAGUAGAAUAUAUUACUAAAAUAUUCUAAUUCAAAGUUUGGUGUAUUUGUCCAUAUUUUAGUGAAACUACUUUAAUUAGACCUUUCUAUGUAGAAGAAAUUGCUUUACUGAAACCUAAAUUAUUAAGUAAAUAUGGACCUAUAAAUAUUAGACUAUUAAAAUUUUAUGGAAUUUAAUAUUGGUAUUUAUUUAAUUGGAUUAACGGGAGCCUUAUUAUUAUUAUCAAUACUUGGAGUAAUUUUAGAUAAAUCAAAUGCUGAUAAAAUAAAAUAGGAUGAGGAAGAAAUGGAAAAGGAGAGAAUUUAAAUUAUUUUUUCAUAUAGAGUUAAAAAAAGAAGAGCUUAAUAAGAAGAAGAAGGUUCUAAAACAUUUCUUUCAGAAUCUAAAAGUUUUUGUAAUAAUUCUACUUAAACUGAAUCUCAACCUAUAUAUAGUAAUAAUGAUAUUGGGAUUUAAAAUUUAAGUAUUAAAUUUAUUUUAAUUGGAAUUUUGGUAUUAUAUUAAUAUUAUUUAAGAAAUUGGAAGAAUUGGUUUCAGUUUUUUUGUAUUAUGAUGAUUAUGUUUUAAGACCUAUUAGGUUUUUAGCUAUAUAUAUGAAAUUAAUUGUAAUGCUAUCAGUAUCUGGAGUUUUGAUGAGUGAAGUUAACAUAUUUUAUUAAUAUGGUGUUAUUAUUUUAGUAUCAGAAAUAUCUGCUCUAGUAGUAAAGAUUGUAAAAGCUAUCUUUUCAGGAAAAUUAUUAUAAAUUAUAGUAGGAACAAUAGCAUCACUUUGUAUACUAUCAUUUUCCUUUUAUAGCAUAAUUGACAGAGUAAUUUAGAAUUAUUAUUUAUUUAGGCAAUUGGAAAGGAGUAGUAAUAUGUGAAUGAUUGGAUGCAAUUUUAUGGAAUUUGCAUAGGUAUUUACUUUAUAAUAUUGGAUCCAAUACAAAGUAUUUUGAAAAUGUUAUUUUAUCCAUGGUGUAGAAAAUAAAUUGAAACAUAAUAAGAAACUCCUGUUUUACAUUUAGUUUAUUUCUUAAUUACUUAGAAUGAUCUAAAUACAUAUUUCAAAAUAGUAAAUGAUAAAAAGGUGAGUGAUGAUUAAGAGAUAGGGGAUGCAGAGAAAGAAUAAUUUUAAGACAAAAAAGAGGAUAAUCUUUAAGAAAUUUGA